AUGGGGAAGAAGAGCGGCGGGAGUGGCUGGUUUUCGACGGUGAGGAAGGUUUUUAAGCAAUCUCCGGCCAAGGAUUCGCCGGAAAAGAAGAAAGAAAGCAUAGAAAAAUGGCAAUUCGAAGUACCAGAAGUCGUGUCGCUGGAGCAUUUUCCGGCCGGAAGUUCGCCGGACGAGACGAAUGAGGAGAGCCUCCGGUCAUCUUCAGCAGCAGAGGAUCCGAACCACGCUAUGGCGGUGGCGGUGGCCACCGCCGCCGCCGCCGAGGCGGCGGUCGCGGCUGCUCAGGCGGCGGCUAAGGUGGUCAGGCUAGCCGGCUACGGCCGCCAGUCCAAGGAAGAAAGGGCCGCGACUCUUAUACAGUCCUAUUACAGAGGUUACCUGGCUAGACGAGCUUUGCGCGCUUUGAAGGGCUUGGUGAGGCUACAGGCUCUUGUGAGGGGCCACAAUGUGCGCAAACAAGCCCAAAUGACAAUGCGGUGCAUGCAUGCGCUCGUGCGCGUGCAGGCCCGAGUCAGAGCCCGUAGGCUUAAGUUGGCCCACGACAAGAACAAGGCCCAAAUCGCCAAGUUGGAGUAUGAAGAACAUAUGUUUGAGGAGGCUGAAAAGAAGAGGAAUCAAAUGAAGAAGAUGGAUUACGGGCAAUGGAAUAGGAGGAAUCAUGGGAAAGUUGGAGAAAGUCGAUCGAGAAAGGCACAUGAUCCUGGGUUGAAAAGGGAUAAAGCUCUUACAUAUGCUAUGGCUUACCAGCAAAGAAUGUUACAAUGUGACCCCAUGAGCGACAAUUUCGACCUCGGGGCCAAUUGGGGGUGGAACGGGCUCGAGCGGUGGAUAGAGGCCCAACCGCCCCAACAUCGGCAAAGGGCCCGACAAAACGCCACGGAUAGCAUGUCCGAGAAAACAGUCGAGAUGGACCUACUCAUCCCGUUGGCCUCGGAGGAUGUAAGCAUGGGCCGUCUCAGUGGAGACUGCAUUGAGUCGAGCCCAUACUCUUCGCGAAAGCCUCGUAGAUUGGGCUUGGAUGAUGUCCCUAGCUACAUGGCCCAAACCCAGUCCGCGAAGGCAAAGGUGAGGAGCGAGGGCCCGACUAAGCAGCGGAGCCCACAGGGGCCCCAGUGGAACCCGUCGACGAAGAAAGGGAGUGGUAUUGGGCUGGGCUACGAGUCUUCGAGCUCCGGUGGAGGUACAGCUGCAUAUCAGCCCAGGAAAAGCCCACAUAAGCAGGAUAAUAAUCGUCGGCUGGCUAAGUGGAUGUACAGCCCGGAGUCCAGCAGUGAGGAUAGGGCUCUGGCUUUGGGGGCCCAAACUUGGAGGCAUGAUUUUGGGUGA